AUGCUUGUCAGGCGCCAUUCCACGAACGUUCAGACUGGGCGCCACCUCUAUCAGAACGACGUUGCCUCGUUGGCACGAUCCCUUCCACCAAGGAACCUCCAGGUGGUAACAGUUGGAUCGGAUAGCACUUGCUACAGUCCUCGGCGAGAGAUCCCUCGACCCCGCGGACUCUGUUGUGCUGUCUACCGUCAAAAAGAGAUGCUGAAUCCCGUUCCAGCUGCCUGGAAAGAUCCAGAGAUCCCGCACGCCGCCUCUCCUCAUCGGAAGAUGGUCGAGCCCGUCGGCUGCCGCGCUCCGACGAUGUAUCGCGACAUUCCGAUCGCGUUGGUGGCUGCAAGGUUGACUGAUCAGCUUGAGCGAGCCGUCUCUCUUCCUCCUCGGACGCCGAUAAAGUUUGGAAUCUCACCUGAGUACGAGAGGGCUGUGCACGUUGUACCUUUCCAUCGGCAGAUGGGUGUUGAGUAG